AUGGAAAUUGUAUUCCCUAAACUAUCCGAGCUUCCACAAGGGAUUUCUUCACAUUUAAGGAAGAUGAUCGAUUGCAUAGCCAACUUGGAUCUGAGUGUUAAGAUGACUACUCACAAAGAACAUGUACACAUUUAUGAAGUUUACGAUUCAAGUAAACGAUUGAGAUACUUGUUCAAGAAAUUAUGUGAUUAUGAAGAAGUAUCUCCUAGGAAAGAAGUUGAUGUUUACCUAUUAGACCAUCCAAAAAAUAGCAACAAAGCAUAA